AUGCUGUUUGAAGAUGAAAUGACUUACACCGAGGAGCACGAUUGCACCAAAGACGUACCGCUGCCUCCACAGGAAGCACCCUGCUAUAACGUGGACCCUCACGUAGUUGAAACUAGAGAGGGUCGGACGAUUAGCGACAAUAGUAAAUUGGCUCUGUUGGACAAGGGAAAAUCAAGAAUGCCAAACUCCCCAUUAGAACUGACGGAAGACGAAGAAGGACCUAUCGUAAGUCUGUUAUCACUCAUAGUAGAGUCUGCUGAAAAUUCCAGGAAGAGAGCACGUACUGAGGACAUCCUUAAUGACGAGCACGACUUUAAAACGACACCCAAGAGAUCCGGUAGAGCAAAGAAAGGGGAGACAAAGAUCCGGGAACUGCGGGAAAUAGUAGGCCGUCGGGGAAAAGGCCCCGUAGAUUAUGUGAAACUAGCAGAAGAGAUCAAAGUCCCUAUCAACCUACUUGACCUCUUCCAAAUCUUCCCAGACCUGAAAACCAAGGUGGGGAAACAGGUACCGACUACUAGCGUAAACCUUCUAGACAAAGAUAAAUCCACGCCGCAAAGGUCUUUUCUAGCCGUAGAUGCCGAUAAUAAAGCCUUCAGAAUACCAACCAUUGUCCGAAUCAGGAAAGAUGGAAGGCAUAAACUGAUACGUCUCCCACUGGGCGCGUCUCAGGCAGACCAGGGCUCUGAUAUCAACGUCUGCUCUCCCGCCUUAGCUUCAGCAUUGUCGGCCAAAAUUCGGAAAUUAGGCAAUCGCGGAUGGAACACUGGUCUUCAGAUGAUGAUUGCAGACGGAAACGCAAGUCAACUUAUGGAAUUCUGUAAACUCAACAUACGCACCCAAGGAGUCAGGCGCAGAGUUUGCUGCUUCAUACGACCCGACACUCAUAAGAGGGAGGACCUACACCUACUCUUGGGUUUACUAUCACGGGUAGGUCUCGUUGGAACGGAGUCACGAGCAGAUCGGAGGUACGAGAGGACGAAGUACGGGUAA